GUGUAUGUACUACGCUCGGUUCUGAAACCACGACCCACCCAGCAGCCAGAGGGAAAGGGGGAGAAGGAGACACCGCGGCGGGCGGAGAGGCAAUGGCGACGACGACGUGCCUGCUGGCGGCCUGGGCGCUGGUCGCCGCCGGACUGUUCGGCACGGGCCUCGCCCGGGCGUCCUUCGCCCCGGCCGCCGUCGGGAAGGAGCAGCGCGAGUUCGACUACUUCGCGCUGGCGCUGCAGUGGCCGGGCACCAUCUGCUCCUCCACCCGCCACUGCUGCGCCGUCAACGGCUGCUGCCGGAAGGAGCCGCUCCACACGUUCACGAUCCACGGGCUGUGGCCGGACUACGAUGACGGGACUUGGCCGUCGUGCUGCCGCCGCACCAGUUUCGACAUGGACAAGAUAACGCCUCUGAAGCCCACGCUGGACAAGUACUGGCCGUCCCUCUACUGUUCGUCCUCUUCCACUUGUUUCAGUGGUAGGGGCCCCUUCUGGGCUCAUGAGUGGGAGAAGCAUGGAACAUGCUCGGCCCCUGCUGUUCGGGAAGAAUUACAGUACUUCAGCACUGCCCUUGAUCUCUACUUCAAAUAUAACGUGACAGAAAUGUUGGCGACUGGAGAUAUCCUGGUCUCCAACGGUAAAGAAUAUGCACUGAGUGAUGUCAUUGACACCAUCAAGCAUGCUUUUGGGGGCUCACCGCAGAUCAUCUGCAAGAAGGGCUCAGUUCAAGAACUAAGGUUAUGCUUCACCAAAGAUUUGAAGCCUCGUGAUUGCCUUACUACUUCGGCAAUGUACAAGAACCUAUCGAAAUCAAAGCAUUGCCCUCGAAAAAUCUCCCUGCCAACAUAUGAUCCCAUCGUACUCGCCAAUUCAACACUGGAGAUUGUCCCAGAAGCCAGCGCCAAUGGGUUGUACUUCUUUACAUCCUAAGAUACUGAGCAUUGCUGGGUUACGAGGAAACAGAUGCCUUCACGGCCCCGACUGCUUGCAAGACCUGUAGCCACAGAUGCUGGGCACUAAGAUCCCAGUAAAAUGGGUCUCUGGUUUGUCCAUGCUAUUUGUAAAGGAGAACAUUCCACAUUAGAACAACUUAGUUCAAUUAUGUUCUGAAUAUUUGUAAAACUGCUGGAAAUCAAAUACUCAGCUCAGAUGCCUCGUUGUAUGAAUAAUGAAAGUUGCAUGUACAUACUAACACGCUUUAGCUGGGCAAGGGCCCUUUGUACUUCAUUGGAUCUUUAGCUGGCCAGGGCCCUUUAUACUUCUUUGGAUUACCAAAGGAUUUGGCAUGCCAGUAUGCCACUGUUCUAAGCACGUCUAGUUAUGAACGGUUUACGCUGCA